CAACCACCCGAGUCCUCUCAUCCUGCUGCCCUUCACUUCUACCACGACCGCGACUCUACGACGCAUGAUUUCCUAGCGUUUUCACUACCCUUCGUUCCUUUUGGAUUACCCGCACAGUCAUGGACACGCCCGAGGGGACGUGGGGCUCCACCCGCACGCCUAGUUCGCGCCCGGCCUCCCAGAAAUCAGCCCGCUCGUCGCCCUCAGCGCGUUCACAGCACUCGAGCAGAUCGGCAGAGCAGACGCCGCUGCUUGCCCAAGAAGAUAGACCCGACUAUGGGCAAGAGGCUGAGGCACAAACACCGGCGACCACGUCGCUGCUGCGAUCGCUAAGCGGGUCGUCCGCCGCCGGCAAGGCACCAGUAUGGAAGAGGCGAUGGCCCAGUAUACUCGCGCUGGUCGUGUUAUGCAUAGUUGUUGUAGCCAUCAUGCUCGGAUUCUUUGCGACGGAGGGCAUCCAGGAUUAUGCCAUGCAGGCAGCCGAGUUCCACCCUACCAACUUGUCACUCGACGGAUUGACGGACCACGGUGCCAAGGUGCAUAUAGAAGGAGACUUCAAGAUGGAUGCGUCCAGGGUAGAGAAGCAGAGUGUACGUAACCUCGGGCGCUUUGGAACGUGGAUCGCAAGAGAGGUAGAGACUGGGCCGACGAACGUCGAUGUGUAUUUGCCCGAUUACGGCAACGUCCAGAUUGGCACGGCCAAGGUGCCUGGCAUCAAGGUCAACAUCAGGAACGGGCAUACUACGCAUAUUUCGCUUGUUGCAACCCUAGAGCCUGGAGCGCCCGACGGCAUUCGAAGCAUCGCAAACGACUGGAUUGAGGGGCGACUCGGGCAAAUAAGGCUCACUGGGAAGGCUCAGGUUCCUCUCAAGUCUGGACUGAUCAACAUCGGCAAGCAGCUGGUUGAGCAGUCCAUGGUCUUCAAAGGCGGCGACAUUCCUACCCUCCCACACUACAACAUCACGAAGCUCAAUCUCCGCGAGGCUCAGCACGGGCGUCAAGGCAUGGGCGCCGACGCCUCGAUAGUAGUGACAAACGAAUUCCCAGUACAGAUUACUGUUCCCCCAGUAGCCGUUGACGUUCUUAUCGGUGGGUGCUCGCCUUCGGAUAAACACAUUAAGGUUGGAACCGCCGAGACUGGGCAACUUGAGGUCAAGCCCAAGACAGACCUCGAAGUGAAUGUCACCGGGAACGUCGAGAGGCUUUCAGACUCUCUCACAGAGGUCUGCCCCGAUUCAGCCAAAUCACCGCUAGAUGCGUUCUUGGGCGACUAUAUGAAAGGCGACGAUGCCACCAUCUACAUCAAUUGUUGUCAGUUUCCGGAUCCAUCAACACCUAGUUGGGCGCACGAUCUGCUCAAGGAUAUCACAGUUCCGGUCCCAUUCGCUGGACGCGAUAUGGGUAACCUCAUUAAGAACUUCUCUUUGGCAGACGUACACUUCCAUUUACCAGAUCCAUUCGCUGAACCUGGAACUCCCGAGGCAGCGCCAAAGAUCUCCGCUGUUGUCAAGGUCGACAUUGGACUACCAAAUGAGAUGAACUUUCCUCUAAAUGUCAAACGGGUCAAGGCAGACGCUGAUAUUUUCUACCACAAGAAGAAGCUUGGGAAACUGAAUCUUGAUAAAUGGCAAAAGGCUAACUCGACAAGAGUGGACCGUCAUGGCAACGAAAGUCCCUCACUAUUGGUUGAAUCCGAUAUCCAAAAGGCUCCCAUAGAAAUCUUAGAUGACGACCUUUUCAGCGAAGUCGUACAAGCCCUUCUAUUCGGUGGCAAAUCAGUCAUGAUGGACAUCAAAGCCGCAGUCAGCGUCGGCGUGGAUACACCAAUGGGCAAUUUUGCAGUGCGAGGCAUACCUGCACAGGGAGUUGUACCAGUCAAACCAAUCCGAAGUGGCGGCGGCGAUAAAGGCGACGAUGAUAAAAACAAGACUAGUGCUGUGAACCUGAAGAUUGGCAACCUCUCUAUUGUGGACACCUCAUCUACAUCGAUCAUUCUACAAGCGCAUGUCAAUCUUACGAAUCCUACGAACUACUCUGCGACUGUACCGUACUUUAAUAUCAACAUCUUGGUCAAUGGAACAAAGCUAGGACAAGCGACUGCGAAGGACAUUGAAGUUCAUGCUGGAAACAACACCAAUCUUCUCAUUUCAGCUGUAUGGGACCCAUUGACAAACGGUGGCGAGGAAGGGAAAGAAGUAGGGAAAGAGCUACUCUCCCAAUACGUCUCAGGCUUCAACACAUCCUUAACCCUCCAAGCCCAUAGCGGCUCCAUCCCCGCACAACCAGCCCUUGGUAAACUACUGUCCAAUUUCCCUAUUACGUUUUCUACGCCCCACCUCUCGACUCCUAAAAAACCCUCCGAUGGCGACGAUCCUUCCGAUCCGGAUGACCCAGAUAAACCAGAUGACUCACCGCACUUCAUCCGCGACGCAACAAUGCACCUCAUCUCCUCAACUGCGGUUUUCACCCUCUCCUCACCCUUCAGUUCGACCACCAUGUUCAUAAAUUCGCUCAACGCAACUGCAUAUUAUGAAGGCCACCCAUCGGGCAAGAUUCUGUAUGAGCUACCGUUUGCGGUUCCGCCUGGUCUCUCGGAAACCCCGAGGCUGCCAGUAGACUGGAGUUUAGGUUCCGUGGGGUAUGAGGCGAUUAGAAAGGCAUUGGGUGGGCAAUUGAAGUUGACUGCUUUCGCCCAUGUGGGGAUUAGGAUUGGGGAAUGGAGAGAGACGAUUUGGUUUCAGGGCGGGAAGAUUGGCGCAAAUGUGAGACUCUGAAGCGCUAGCAGAUACUUGGGCGGGCGAGAGCCUGCUGUCUGUGUACAUUUGUAUAAUAACACAAUGUGUUAUGUUAUCGGGUCAAGGUCGGCUUGGCCAAAGUAUCGGGUUUAUGGCGCAUAGGUUGGGUAUUGUAGUUCGACGUAUAAAUCCAUUAUUUCCAACGUCUUCUGUACCCUAGCUCUUACUAUAUACACUCUGAACUUCGACAGAUGAAUCCAGACAUCGUCGCUCUCUAAGCCAAGCAAAAUAACUCAACAUGCUCCCAAUCACCGGCCCUUCCCCUCCAUACCGUUAUCCUUGACUUCCUCCACCUUUUGAGCUUCUUCCUCCCCCCUCUUACGUUCCUCCAAACCCUCGACGCCCUUCCCCCAAGCACCUGCCUUCUUACCCCACGUC